AUGGACCGUAAUCCGGAGUUCAAGGUGCCAAGUAAUGAUAGUCUCAUGUAUCUUUCGAUAGCGUUCCUUGGCACGGUUUUUACUGUAAUUUUGGGAUUUGCCAUCAAGACCUGGAUGGAUGAGAGAGAAAGCAAACGGAGAAGGGAGAUCGCAGCCGAAGUUGGAGGAGAAUUUGGAAGAAUUAUUGCCGGAACUAACGCUCGAAAUGACGACGACGAAGAUGGGGAUGAUGACUACCUAGAAGGUUAGAGUUUUGAACCGUUUACUGGGGUCUGUAAAAGGUUUGUUGCAAUGAAUGCACUCCGCAACAACAAAAUCCAUAGUCAGUUCGAAUUACGACGUCUUUUUUUUGGCGGAGGGGGCCCGGUUUAAGGGAAGAUGAGCUGAGAAAAUGAAAGGCAAUUAACGGCCUCGUCCCGCAAAGAGUUUCCCUAUUAUCAUCGUCUUUCUUCCUGUCGGAAGUUGUUGGAUGUUUUCCUCCAGAAACGGGCCAUUCAUGCGUAUAGUAGAACUUGAAUGUGACAUUGUGGCCACUUUGAGGGAUAGUUUAUGUCAUUUAUCCAUGAUUUACAGGCAGUGGCUCCGAAGAAGAUGGUGUUCCACGAGAUGCUUUUGAAAAGAAGGUCGGAAAGAAAAAGUUGGCCAAACUCCAGGCCAAACAAGAAGCCAAGGCGGCCAGAGAAGCGGUAUCUUAAUAUAUUUGUUGUAGAUUUUCUAAAAUUGUUUUUUUUUCAGAUGCUUGCCGAAAGAGCCGAUAAGAAGAGAAAGGAAGAGGAAGAAGAACAGAAAAGACAGAAAGAACGGGAAAUAGAAGAAGAAAAGGAAAGGAAGGAGGAAGAAGAACGGAAGAAGUUAGCCGAGGAAAAAGCGGCCAGAGAACGUGAGGAAUAUCUGAAGGUAAGACUCAAAUAAUCUGGUGUAAUAUAAGUGACAGAUGAAAGAAGCUUUCGCUGUGGAAGAAGAAGGAUUCGACGAAGUCCCCGAAGCAGAUGCUGAGAAUCUUCUCAACCAAUUUGUGGAUUACUGUAGGACACAGAAAGUUGUAAAUAUCGAUGAUCUUGCGUCAAUCUACAAACUCAAAGUAGGAGAUGUGGCUGAAAGAAUACAGACUCUGAUUGAAACCGAGAGAUUACACGGAGUUGUUGAUGAUCGGGGCAAAUUUAUUUAUAUUACGCAAGAGGAAUUCGAUGCAGGUAUGUCUUUAUGGAGAGCGCUACAAGAAGAAAGUCAGGAGGGAAAAUGAAUCGGAGGCAUGAAUAACAUUCUGAUCGCGAUAUUCUCAUCCUGCAUAGAAAUUUUUUAGCCUUUUUCAAACAAUUAAAACCGAGUUCUGUUGCACUUUUCCGACACUUGUAGUUGUGCAAACUACAUUUAGACAUACACCUACACCCCCUUGAAAUGUUGUAAAAUAAGGCACUUAUUAUAUUGUAGUAUCUUUGGAGUACUGGACUAUUUUUAGUGGCGAAGUUUAUCAAUCAAAGAGGGCGAGUCACAGUCCAAGACCUUGUUUCCUACAGUAAUCGUCUCAUCAGUCUUAUGCCAACAACAGCGGAGGCAUAA